CUGGUUUCCAGGAAUACGAUAGUCUUCAACUCUGCGGUAGAAUUCUGCGAGAAAUACGACAUUACGUACAUUCAUUCUGACAUUGCCUUUACGGAUGCAACUCGGGACCAAAUUGUCAAGGAGACGGGAAACCCUACAAAUGUGGACUACAUUGCUGCCGAUUUAUCAAGUAUGAAGGAGGUAGCCCAUUUCGCCGACAAAGUGAAAAGCCGAUUUCCGGACUUGAAUGUGUUGUUGUGCAAUGCUGGCGUGCUGAAUCCACGACGAGCGGAAACUGCGGACGGCCUCGAAAUGACUUUUCAGGUGGAGACCUAUGAAAUGAAAGCACAUAGGGUAGCACUGAACCAGUGUUUUUCUGAGAAAAAGAAGUUGUUUGAGUUGGACAAGCGCUGA